UUGAGGGAGAACAUGCGUGUAGUGUAUCGUUUAGGAUUAUUUUCUUGGUUCAGUGCGUUUUUCUAAAUGUUGCUUUGCUCCGUUCUUCAGAAGUCAAUGUUGACAGCGGACGGAACCAUGGGCCUGAGCUUUAAUGUAAUACAAGUGCUCUGGUUAUGAAUUUCACUCAUCUUUAUUCGAAACAAAUCGGAGUUAUUCCGGAUUUCGCCAUGCGUUAAUGAGUAGACAUUAUGAUCCUACAUCGAGAAUUAUGAAUAUACAUGUAGCCUAACGCACAAACGCUAAUCGCAAUGUGUUGACGGGUGAAUACACGGUUGAAGUGUUGCAGCCUAAAUUUAGCAACCAGCAAGCAGACUGUGACCUGCGGUUAGCCGUUUUGGUAUUACCGUUCGCAGGUAUUAAUAUUUCUGCGUGCAGCCGAGUCGUGUGAAUGAACACGACAACGCCAAACAACCGUAAUCUGGCAUCUGACAGAUAAAGCUGGCGAAAUCGGACUAGACCUUAAUAUAAUCUGUUUGAUACGUUUCAAUACUAUACAAGCGUCACACUUUGUUCCGAAAGAAGGAGUCAGUGAAAGAUUAUCUAAAACGUACAAUACGUCCGAUAAGUGACUUAAAUGUGUCGACGGCGUGUGUCUUUUGCCUUAUGUUACUGUGUGAGCGCGCCUGCAGGAGUCUGAGAGCGAGUGUGAGCUUCCCGUUAUAGUUCAGCCUGUCUCUCCCGUGUUUUAAGUUCAUUAGUCUGUGGUGGGAUUAGAGAGACCUAAGCAAGGUUAUACCACGUGCAAAAGGAAUAGUGUGGUUAACAAUGGAGGUGUUUGUAUAUAGGUCUUUAAAAGCAGGCCUUUGAAAUAAGGCUUUGUUGCGGCUCAAGCCGUAAAUUACUUAGGACAUGUUUGGAAAUGCCAACUUCCAGAAUCUGAUACGUCUUCGUGAGGUGAGGCAGCAAGAGUAAUCAUAAAUUGUCUGAUUGAAGAAUGACCAUGGAUUACUCCCGCCUGCACACGUACACCCCCCCGCAGUGUGCCCCGGAGAACACUGGCUACACCUACUCCCUCAGCUCCAGCUACUCUACGGCAGCCCUGGACUUUGAGAAGGAGCACAAGAUCGACCCGGUGUUCGACUCGCCCAGGAUGUCCCGGCGAAGCCUGCACCUGCCCGCGACCGGCGGUCACCACGGUGACGACAGCCUGCAGCUGGACUCCUCCCUCAACCACAGCGCCUCUUACAGCGUGGGCGGAGCCAGCCGGCGAGAGGCCAGGACGGUGAGGAGCAGGAAGCAGCAGUUUGCGUCGAGCACGCAGACACAGACGCAGACGCGGUCGCAGACGCGGACGCAGAGCUCGUCUGAGUGCAGCACCGUGCUCGUGAGCCAGCGCAGCCGGGGCAGCUGCGCAGCCGGGCAUGCCCUGCAGGACGAUUCGUGCGCACACGGGCGCGCGGUGGUGGACGGCUCCUGGGGUUUAGCUGGGGAUGGGGGCCUCAAAGAGUGGAGGACAGAGCGCAGCAUGGUCCUGGGGAAUGGAGACACCAGUGUGACGCAGACGCAGACGCAGACGCAGACCUCCAUGGCGAACGGCUACAUCUGCAGGGACUGCACCAUCCUCGCCGAGAGGAAGGAGGUGCUCACGGCCUACUCCUCCACCUCCGCCGCCGCUGCCUCUUCUUCCGCAUCAUCCUCUUCCUCGCUGUCCCAGUCCGCCUCCAGCUCCACCUCCAUCUACUCCCGGGACAACAUCCAGAAACACAAGUCAGGUGCGCUGGUGAGACUCUCGCGCACCUGUCUGCGUUACGGUGGCCACGCCCUCUCCCGCGCCGCGUCCUUAGUGUCGCUGCUCGUGCAGAGCGUCCUGCUCAGGACGGGAGACGAGGUCACGGGCCGCCAGGGCAAAGGUAUCCGCCACGGCCCCGCCCCCUUCCCUUUCUCUCUGCCCUCCGGCUGAUUCCUUCAAUGACCUUUCACCUCUGACCUCCACCGACCUGGGUGUUUUCCUGCUUUCCGGAAAGUGCGGUUUUUGCAGCAAUGGGACUGUGGGAUUGAUUCUUUAAAUUAGAUUUGAUGCCUUAAACGGACAGUAUUAACGAUUAUGAGCUUUUUAAUGGAGGGUCUUUACUUGCUGGGCGAGGAAGUUUCUUUGGGUUGAAUGCGGUUGAAAUCCCAUCUGCGGCACGGUCGACUGAACGUGCUCGUAC